GAAUACCAGCUGUCAUAUCACACAAAAAAUAUUCUUAAAGAAGAUUUAAACGACAAAGAUAAAAUGGUUGCCAAUAGAUCUAAUGUGGUAAAUGAAUAUGUAGAAAUAUAUACAGAAGAACCUUGCGUUGGCGAUCCUGAAUUCUGUAAUAUGACAAAAGAAGAAUACUUGGAAAUGUUAUACGAGUAUAUUUACCCUAAAUCAUACGAAUGGGUCCUGAUUGCAACGCACGCGAUCGUAUUCGUGACAGGAUUGAUCGGCAACGCCCUAGUGUGUAUCGCCGUUUACCGUAACCAUACAAUGAGGACAGUGACCAACUAUUUCAUCGUGAACUUGGCUGUCGCUGAUUUCUUGGUAAUCCUCUUCUGCUUGCCGCCAACUGUGUUAUGGGAUGUUACCAAGACUUGGUUCUUUGGUACUGCGAUUUGCCGAAUAGUGCUGUAUUUUCAGUCGGUAUCAGUGACCGUGUCUGUGCUCACACUUACCUUCAUAUCCCUGGACCGUUGGUACGCCAUCUGUCAUCCUUUGAAAUUCAAAUCAACCACCAGCCGAGCGAAAACUGCAAUUCUUAUUAUAUGGAUGCUGUCUAUGCUAUUUAAUAUACCAGAAUUUGUGAUCUUAGAAGUACAAACAAACAUUGAGCUGCGUUUCAACCAGCAGUAUUUCAUGCAAUGUACCUACACUUGGUCAGAAGAGAGCGAGCUCACUUGGCACAUAAUAAGGGCGCUUUUCCUUUACACAUUCCCACUUAUGCUGAUGAUGGUAGCGUACUGUCAGAUUGUGAGGGUCCUAUGGAGAUCAGAUAAUAUUCCGGGACAUAGGGAGCUACACCAGUUAUGUCCAAACGGACAGACAAAUGGGUUUGCAGCAAAAAGACGUAGGACUGCGUCAAUUCAUGCGAACGCGUCUACCGAAGGACAACUACGCUCUCGCCGGAAGGCAGCCAAGAUGUUGGUAGCUGUUGUCAUCAUGUUCGCAGUGUGCUUCUUUCCGGUUCAUCUUUUAUGUGUUCUGAGGGUCGCCUACAACGUACAACACAGUGACAUGAUGACCGCUGUAGCACUGAUAUCUCACGUCAUGUGCUACGUCAACUCGGCGGUGAAUCCCCUGAUAUAUAACUUUAUGAGUGGACUUUUUAAUAAAGAUACAAUUAACAUUGAAAAUAUAAUAAUCCCUCUUCUAUAA